AUGGCCGACGAAAAGCCCAAUGAAGGAGUCAAAACUGAGAACAACGAUCAUAUUAAUUUGAAGGUGGCCAGGCAGAAUGGUUCUGUGGUGCAGUUUAAGAUUAAGAGGCAUCCACCACUUAGUAAUCUAAUGAAUGCCUAUUGUGAACGACAGGACACACCUGCACAUUUGAAAAUGGAGGAUGAAGAUACAAUUGAUGUGUUCCAGCAGCAGACAGGAGGGGUCUACUAAAAAGGGAUCCUGCUACUUUACUCCAGAACUCUGUGCCUCCAGACCAAGAAGACAUUCUCAAUUAGAAAACUGCAAUUUGGUUUCAACACAUCUGACUACUACAGUAUAGUUUUCUCUGUUCUUUCAUUUUCCCCUUCCCCAUUCCUUUAU